UAAACAUUCCGAGAUUAUUACGAGUAUAUAAAUUUGUAAAUUUUUUACAGACACUCAUUAAAUGAUAGCAAUCACAUUACUAUGCGCCAUAGUUAACAAUAGUUUAUACACAGACAUCGAUCGUUUUUAAAUGUAUCGAAGAACAUUGCGUUACGCCAGUUACGCGUUACCGUGGAAACCAGUGAAUAUCGGAACGCACCCCUAUACUCUAGUAUUAAUAAACAUACAUUUUUCUUCUUUUUUCUGUUCCUCAAAAUAAUAUAAAAUCAAUUCUAAAAACAUUAAUUGUUAUCGACAAUUGUACUCGCAUAUAGUGGACCGCAACGAUUUUGUGAAAUGGCAAGGAGCAGCAAUAUUGAUAUUGGAAGUGUUUUUGAUGAAUACCUGCUAAAAGAACAGCAAUUUGAACGAGAAAUAGAAGAGCGCAAUAAAUUACGUCGCGAGAUUCGCAACAGGAAUAUUUUCAAAAUUUCUGACUCAUCGCCAACAAAUCUGCCUUUAAAUUUGGAAAAAUCUCAUAUUCGUAAUCAGGCUCUGCUAAAGGAUUUGGAGAUGUCUAGAGCACGUUUGAGAACUUACGCUUCUUACACGCCUACAGAUGCAGAAUUGCAGCAGAUUUCGUUGGCCUAUCGAAGUCAUCUUCGCAAAAAUAUCCAAGAUGCGGAAUCGUAACAAGCUCAUUUCCACGUAAUCAAUUAGGUACUUGUCAGUGAUCAUUUCAACCUGAUAACUCGAGCCGAACGAACAAACUUUGAAGUGAAAAGUUUGUUGAUCGUUGGGAUCGAUGGAUCGGGUUGAUUACUGCGUGGUCUAUUUUAUGACGUGGCUGCUUCUUCGUGUGUCGAGCGACGUGAGAACUGAUCCGUAAAAUGUGGGAGUAAACACAAUAUUUUUUUGCGCACUUUUCUAUAGUUGUUUCACAAUCAGAUUCGAGUUAUUAUUGCAACAAUAGCUACUAUUUUUGUAAAGUAAAAUAAAGCAGAUUAUCUAACAGACAGUUAUAUAUCUUACAUAUCGUACUUGAAUCUAUAUUACCGUCGCUCAUAAAAUAAUCAUUACACAAGGUAACAUAUUACAUUGUAACUCGAACAGCGUCAGCGUGUAAUAUAUUGCAAACAAAUAUACUCACGGUUGACUCUUUACUUUCCGACGAAAUAUGAGCCGCAGACUGAAAUCUAACGAAGCUAAUUUGCAUUCUAAUCUAUCUGUUCAAAGGUCUCGAAAGACUUAAUUAUAAAGGCAAACGCGUUACUUUUUGAAGACAAUCGCGUGGCGAUUAUUCGAGCUUACCGUAUGAUAGGCCAACUGCUCAAUAGAUCUUCUUAUCCAGCAUUAUUCAGGAGCUUGUUGAAUUGUGAAAGAAUGUAUAAGGAGGGUGCGUGGACAAGUGACGAACGAUGUCCACCUGCGCGCUCAGGCAUGCCAUAUUCAUAUUUAUUUUCUAUGUACGGCGGUAUUAUCGCUGAUAAUUACCGGCGUGCACAACGUGCAUACACGAUAGGACGGCCACGUACCCAGAAAUUUCCCGAUAAGAAGUUCUGGUCAAUAAUUUGUUGGAAGAACUCGCGUUUAUUUUAAACUGUUACUUUUACACCCAACUCGCAAAUGCGAAUCCCAACGUUUCGCGUUGACUAUUUAUUUCACAGGCGUGACUUUUCGACGUUGAAUUUGCCAGCAGAUUAGAUUUACGGUUUUAUCGUCGUACACGAAAUGGCAUUUCAAACUUCGGAAAUGCGCAAUUUAUAUAAAUUAUCGUACAAGUCACGCGUCCUUGCUCGUAACUUCACUUACCUUUCGUACCUUCGGAAAACACGUUAAUUGCGAGUAAUGUGUAAACGGUCUACACGUCGCAGAAAAUUUAAAAAGACUGGAGGGCAUCACGAAACGUGAUGGAUUUUUGGAGUUUAAUUUUAUAUUUCUACGUGGCAUAUGGUUGUAGCAGCCGAGUAAAUGGAAUAAUGCUGUGACUUCUUACUUUAACUAUUAUGAUG